AAUGACUGUGUGUUUGAUUUGAUGUAAAUGUUUAGUUAAGCUGUAAAUCACGUGAAUUAUUGAUUGAAUUGAAUGCGCGAACCAUUGAUAGACUAAUUGAUAAACUAAUUGAUUGAUUGAUAGACACAUUGCUAUCAUUUGAUGGAUUAUAAGACACAAGAAUAUUGUCAACAUAUGAAUGACUACUAAUUGAUACAAUGAUGACCACAAACAAUGAUCAAGACAUUGAUCCACAACUUAAUUACUCACCAAAACUGUUUAUCAGAUGUCACUGCAGAAAGAAUGAUCCAUUUGAUAACUCAACAAAUAUAUGGAGCGCAACAUUCAUUGCAAAGAUAACUGAGUUUGAAGACAACAGAUUUGUGGCCACUUGUGGUGCAAAUAUGGUCUGUAUUAUUGAUUGCAAGAAAUCUAUUGAAAACAACGAAAAGUCAGUCAUUGCCCGAUAUAUUGAUGACAAUGUCAAUGAAGAUUUCGUUUCACUCGCGUGUACUUCAGUUAGCGUUAAAAAUAAGGAAGAAGUGAUGGUUUUGGCGGUCGGAGGGAAAAAACACAUCCUUUUGGUCACAAAUUUUCAUGGAUUUCAUUGCUAUGAAAAGUUUGACUCACAUUCAGAUCAAAUCAAUUCAUUGAACUUCAUUUCAUCUGAUAUACUGUUCAGUGCCUCUUACGAUAAGACUAUAAAAAUGUGGCGAAUUUCUAGUCCAGAAAACACCAAAAGAUCACAUUUGUUGACAACAAUUGAUAUCAACGACAAUCUGUUGAGUUUGUGUUACUCUCAUAAAUACCAACUAUUGUUGGCUUCGGGUUUCAAAGGACUAUACUUUUGGUCGAAUUCAACUGAUUUGUCUUUGCUUAAGAACUGUCAACCAAAGUCAAUGGUAACACAACUGAAGACAAAAUAUUUGAUCGAUGGAUUGACAUCUAUUCCUAUAUAUGAUGACAUUAUUGCCAUAAGAAUCUAUUUGUCAAAAAUGAUUACCAUUAUUGACCUCAAAAGAGUUACUCAAGAGAUUAAUAAAAAUGAUAAAUCCGGUAAAGAUAUGAAAACUAUAACUUUAUCUAAAAUAACAAAAGCAAAGCUUAAAUCAUUUGAUGGAUAUUAUCCUUAUAUAUACCUAUCGGCACAAAAAGAUCUAUUAGUGAGCGGAGGACCUAAUGGUCAGAUUUGGAUAUAUAAGACUAACCGAUUGAAAGAGUAUUGUGAGGCCAAUGAAUUGAUAAGAGCUGAUCGUGUUAUUGAAUGGCCAGCAAUUGAAAACAUUAUAAAAGAUAAUAAAUGCAUUAUUGACGACAAAAAGCCCGUUAUUAUUAACACUUGUGUUAUAAGUGGUGAUCUUCAUUACCUCAUUGGUUGCACACAAAUGAAUUUAGUCUGUAUUUGGCACAAGACUUAGUUUCUAAUAAAUGAUUGAUAUUUGAAUUUUACUAUUUAUUGAUAUGUAUUGUAGAGAUAAUAAUGUUAUAAUAUUUUGAUAUUUGUUAU